GAGAAUACCCCCGGCACAAUCUACAUUGGUCGACUCCCGCACGGCUUCUUCGAGCGCCAACUCCGCGCCUACUACUCCCAAUUCGGCACCAUCAAGAACCUGCGCCUCGCGCGGAACAAGCGCACCGGCAAGAGUCAACACCACGCCUUCAUCGAAUUCGCAUCGGGCGCCGUCGCUGACAUCGUCGUUAAGACCAUGGAUAAAUACCUCCUGUUCGGCCACAUCAUGCAAGUGCGCCGGGUCCCCGCUGAAGCGGUCAACGAGAAGAUGUGGAAGGCCGGACGCAGCGUCAAGGGCGGGCGCAUCAUGCCUCGAAACCGCAUCGAGCGGUCACAUCUGCGCCGUGGCGCGGAGAGGGAGAAGUGGGAGCAGCGGGUGGAGAGGGAGGAGAACAGGAGGAAGGACAAGAGUGAGAAAUUGAAGGAGCUUGGUUAUGAGUUCGAGAUGCCG